AUGGCGUCCCCUGCAGACCAAGAAGCUUGGACUCUGGAUUUCAUCAGGCAACAGCUCCUAACCGACUUCCCUUCCAUGGAUUCCUUCAUCUCCCACUUCCAACACCACCAAACCCCUUUGAAUUCAACUACUACCGUCAAAACAGAGCAAGAAACCACCCAGCUGAGCAAUAACAGCAGCAAGCUGCAGGCUCCCUCUGUUUCUCUGUCUCACUCUCCUUCUUCCAGCUGCAGCAGCACUCUGAGCCAAAGGAAGCCGCCCAUGUCCAACAUCUCCAUCCCAAACACCAUCCCCAAGAUCCCAGCUCCGGCCCGGACCCAGCUUCACUCGGAUCUCGCCAAUUCCUCUGCUUCCGACGAAAAGCACUACAGAGGGGUUCGGCGGAGGCCGUGGGGGAAAUACGCCGCCGAGAUUCGGGAUCCCACCAAGAAAGGGGCCAGGGUCUGGCUGGGGACAUUCGACACCGCCGUCGAGGCCGCCAAGGCCUACGACAGCGCCGCCUUCCGCCUCCGCGGCAGCAGGGCCAUCCUCAAUUUCCCACUCGAGGCCGGCAGGAAUUCCGACGACUCUUCUUUCCAGGCCCCGCCGGAAUCGAGCGACUGUUGCGGCGGCGGGAUUAGGAAGAGGAGGAUUGGGGAAGUCCUGCUGCAGGAUGGUGGCGAGGGGAGUUUAAAAGCGGUGAAGGCGGAGAACGAGUCUUCGCCGGCGGCGGUGGGGCAGGGUGGGGAACCGGUGCCGUUAACGCCGUCGAGCUGGAAGGAGUUCUGGGACGGGGAAGCCAAGGGGAUAUUUAGCGUCCCGCCGUUAUCGCCGUUAUCGCCCUAUACGUUUUCCCGCCUGAUGGCCGUAUGA